CCACAUAACAAAUUAUUAUACUUAUAGCAUCCAUCUUCAAAUGUAUGUUUUCAGUGUAACGUCUUUUGUUCUUUUGAUUUAGAUCUCUCUAUAUAUGAUUCUUCAAACUUUCUAGAAUCAAACAAAAAUAAUGGCGAAGAAACCGAAGCACCUCCGUAAUCAGCCGCGUAAAUCUUUUUCGACGCAAGCUUUCACAGUUCUCAUACUUGGACUCUUUGUCAUUUUGAUCCUUGUCGGUCUCGGAAUCCUUUCACUACCUAACACCAACAAGAACUCUUCUAGGCCGAUGGAUUUGACCACCAUUGUACAAACGAUCGAGGAGAGGGAGAGUUAUGGAGACGAAGAAGACGGUAAUGGUGACCGCUGGCUCGAAGUUAUCUCGUGGGAGCCUAGAGCUUUUGUUUACCACAACUUCUUGACAAAUGAAGAAUGUGAGCACUUGAUUAGCCUCGCGAAACCUAGUAUGGUGAAAUCAAAGGUGGUCGAUGUGAAAACCGGACAGAGCAUAGACAGCAGAGUACGAACCAGUUCAGGAACUUUUCUUAAAAGAGGACAUGACGAAAUCGUGGAAGAGAUUGAGAAUAGGAUUUCAGAUUUCACCUUCAUUCCUCCAGAAAAUGGAGAAGGGCUACAAGUUCUCCAUUAUGAAGUUGGGCAGAAAUAUGAGCCUCACCAUGACUAUUUCUUCGAUGAGUUCAAUGUCAGGAAAGGAGGACAACGAAUUGCUACAGUACUUAUGUACCUCUCGGAUGUUGAUGAAGGCGGCGAAACAGUUUUCCCUGCAGCCAAAGGAAACAUUAGUGCUGUCCCAUGGUGGGACGAGCUCUCACAAUGUGGUAAAGAAGGACUCUCUGUUCUGCCAAAGAAGAGAGAUGCUUUACUCUUCUGGAGCAUGAAGCCUGACGCGUCUCUAGACCCUUCUAGUUUGCAUGAUCUAAUGCAGCACAUCAACACGUUCGAUGAAUUAGUCAGUGAACAAGUGUCCGUGGAUGUGAAAAUUGAGGAAAAAACUAAGGACAUGAUCUUGUUGUGUUCUCUGUCCCCCUUGUUAACAACACUUACUUGUAACAUGAAGGUUGCUGCAUCGUUGCGCUUUCCAAGUGAGCGUUGGCUCGAAGUCAUAACAAAGGAGCCUAGAGCUUUCGUUUACCAUAAUUUCUUGACAAACGAAGAAUGUGAACACUUGAUUAGCCUCGCGAAACCUAGUAUGGCGAGGUCCAAGGUGCGCAAUGCGAUAACCGGACUGGGUGAAGAAAGCAGCUCACGGACGAGUUCAGGAACUUUUCUUAGAAGAGGACAUGACAAAAUCGUGAAAGAGAUUGAGAAAAGGAUUUCAGAAUUCACCUUCAUUCCUGAAGAAAAUGGAGAAGCGCUUCAAGUUAUCCAUUAUGAAGUUGGGCAGAAAUUUGAGCCUCACUUUGACGGACUUCAAAGAAUUGCAACUGUUCUUAUGUAUCUCUCCGACGUUGAUAAAGGCGGCGAAACAGUUUUCCCUGAAGCCAAAGGAAUUAAAAGUAAAAAAGGAGUAUCUGUUAGACCAAGGAAGGGAGACGCUUUACUCUUUUGGAGCAUGAGACCUGACGGGUCUCAAGACCCUUCGAGUGGGAGUCCAGUAAUCGAAGGAACCAAGUGGGCAUCAACCAAAUGGUUCCGCUUUCAUAAGUUCACCAACACUAAAUGGUAAGCUCUUACCAUCACUUCGAAGUGAUAUUGAAACCUUUAGAAAGGUCUCAGAUUAUUUUUAUGUUUUGACAACCUUGACAAGAUAAUUUUCAUCCUCUAGCUCUUUAGAUUACUUUGUUUAUUUUCUGCUGUCAAAAACUACAAUAUAUGUGUUUAUCUUCCACUGGUAGAAUAUACUUCCAUCAAUGCG